AUGUCCAUGGUCAUCAUACGGGGCAGACGUGCCCAGGAAUUGCUCUUUGAUGUUUUGAGCUCUUGGGACAUAGAGGAUACUCUAGUGAGUCCCUUAAAACUUACGAAUUGGAGUAGACAAAAUCUUGCCAGGCCAUUGGAAGAAUUGUCCAAAAUCAUCACACAAAGCUUUUUCCAAUUCAGAUGA